AUGUCUAUGCGAGAGGGUGACACUCUCAAGACUUAUUCGGAUAGGUACUGGGAAAUGUUUAAUAAAAUAGAAGGAAAGAACGAUGGUGUGGCCAUAACCACUUUCAAAGCUGGCCUCCCAGCCGAUCACGAUUUAAGGAAAUCUCUAACGGGUAAACCUGUUACCAGUGUGCACCAGUUGAUGGACAUGAUAAAUAAGUACAGAAGGGUAGAGGAGGAUCAACUUCAGGGACAAGGGAAGGCCAAGGUGAUCCCUCAAGAGAGGAGGGAUUUCAGGUCGGAUCGUUAUAACAGUAAUCGACCCUGGAAGGACUUUGUCGAGCAGUCGGGUUUGGCGGACACCCAGAUGGUUGAUGCAGUAUUCCGAGAGCCAGUGCAACAGGUUGGGGCUAAGUUGCCUUUACAAGAGAAGGAGAGGUUGCUGGAAUUCCUCCGAGCAAAUGUAGACGUGUUUGCAUGGAACCCGUAUGAAGCCCUAGGGGUGGACCCGAAUUUCAUUUGUCAUCGACUCAAUGUGAAUCCCGCCGUUAUUCCCAGGAGACAGCCUCCUCGGCGACCAUCGAAGGAGCAUGCCGAGGCGGUUAGGAGUGAAGUGGCCAAGUCCAAACAGGCUAGGGCUAUCAAGGAAAAUCCAAAAGAGAUGCAGAAACUGACUGGAAUGACUGCUGCUUUGAACCGGUUCAUCUCCAGGCCGUCUAUCAUGUCUAGUCCUGAAGUGGAUGAGGUAUUGUUUGCUUAUUUGGCGGUUGCUCCUCAUGCAGUUAGUUUCGUCUUGAUACGAGAGGACAGUGGCGUCCAAAGGCCAGUUUACCAUGUGAGCAAAUCCCUCCAUGAGGCCGAGGUGAGAUAUUUGUCAUUAGAGAAAGCCAUCUUGGUGGUGGUCCAUGCAACGCGCAAACUUCCGCAUUACUUUCAGGCCCAUACUGUGGUUAUCUUGACCCAACUACCUCUCAAGUCCAUACUCAGAAGUGCAGACUACACGGGAAGAAUUGCUAAGUGGGGUAUGAUUCUAAGUGCUUUCGAUAUCAACUACAUGCCUCGCACCUCUGUGAAAGGCCAAGUCCUUGCCGAUCUGGUGGCCGAGUUUGUCGAGUGCCCAGAAGAAGUUAAUAUGAAGCAAGACAACAUGGAUGAAAAAUCGGUUGGCCUAAUAUCCACACAAGGCGGUUCCACUUGGAGGGUGUACAUGGAUGGGGCAGCAAACCAACGGGAAGCGGGGUUGGGAUUAGUAUUGAUAUCCCCCGAAAAGGUCAUCGUCGAGAAGUCAUUAAGGUUAAGGUUCUCGGCUACUAACAACGAAGCGGAAUACGAAACUUUGUUGAUGGGAAUGAAUAUGGUCCAAAAAAUGGACGGAAAGGUAGUGGAAAUAUUCUCGGACUCGAGGUUGGUAGUCGGCCAGGUGAGAGGAGAACUAGAGGGCCGGGAUCCGAGGAUGCAGGUGUAUCUGGGCCAGGUUAGGCGCGUGCAAACGAAGUUUAAGUCUUUCAACUUAUCACAUAUUCUCCGAGGUGAAAAUACUCACGCCGACUCCUUGGCAACCCUUGCCACCUCCUCGGUACGGAAUUUUCCUCGGUUGAUCAUCGUUGAAGACUUGCAUGCCCCCAUGUCACCAGAAAAGGACGUUUGCCAAGUCUAUCAAACCAAUCUGGCACCGAAUUGGAUGGAUCCCAUAAUAAAAUUCCUUGAAAGUGACAUAUUGCCCGAAGAGAAAUUAGAAGCUGAGAAAAUACGGAGGAAAGCUCCUCAGUACUGGUUAUCUGAGGAUAAAAUGUUAUACAAACGGUCCUUCUCUGGGCCAUACCUGCUCUGUGUGCCUCCUGAGACUGCAGAAUCAAUCCUAGAAGAAUUGUAUAAGGGCAUUUGUGGAAGUCAUACGGGGGGAAGGUCUCUAUCCUGCCGAGCCAUAACACAAGGACAUUGGUGGCCAAAUAUGCAGAAGGAAGUGCAGGAGUACAUUAGGAAAUCCCUAGGAAACAAGAAGUAUCUGCUAGUCGGCACAGAUUACUUCACUAAAUGGGUUGAAGCUGAGCCCUUGGCAAACAUCAGGGAUGUAGAUGUUAAGAAGUUUAUUUGGAGGAACAUUGUCACGCGAUUUGGAACUCCAUGUAAUCUUGUCUCAGAUAAUGGACUUCAAUUUGAUAGCAAUGCCUUUAGGCAAUACUAUUCGGACCUGGGUAUAAGAAACAAGUAUUCCACCCCGGCUUAUCCUCAAGGGAAUGGACAGGCUGAAGCUGUUAACAAAGUAAUAGUCAAUGGGUUUAAGAAGAGGCUGGAUGACGCAAAAGGGAAGUAG